CAGUGCCAUAGGUUCCGGCAGAUGCAGUCAGUGGACUUACCGCAGACCGGAAAGGGCUCAGCCGUGGCUUUGGGCUACGACUCUUCUCCCCAGAGCGCUGUGCCAGGGAUGCUGCUGCCGCCGCCAUGCAUUGCUGUCUGUGUGAGAUCCUGCUGCUCCUGGCUGGCCUGGCAGCUCUUCUAUUAACUCUUCUGCUUAUUGUAGCACAUGUAACAGCUAAGAAAAUGCCAAAUCUCCACCGUUCGGAGGAAGAAAAGUAUUUCACUGACAGCAAAGGCAAGAAGGAGCCUUUCCCCUCCAUCCAUGAUCCACCCACAAAAGACCUGUCAGUGGUUGUCCCUUCAUACAACGAAGAAGAACGAUUGCCCGUCAUGAUGGAUGAAGCAAUGGAAUUUCUGGAACAAAGACAGAAAAAGCAGCCUUCAUUCAACUAUGAAGUUAUAGUCGUAGACGAUGGCAGUAGAGAUAAAACCACAGAGGUCGCUUUUAAGUACUGUAAAAAAUAUGGCAGUGACAAAGUACGGGUUUUAACGCUGAAAAAAAAUCGUGGAAAAGGCGGAGCUGUAAGAAUGGGAGUCCUGGUUUCCCGAGGCAAGCUCAUUUUAAUGGCUGACGCUGAUGGAGCUACUAAGUUUGCAGAUAUUAAAAAUGUAGAAGUUGGACUUGAAAAACUGAAACCAUGGCCGGAUCAGAUGGCCAUAUCCUGUGGUUCAAGAGCUCACCUGGAGAAAGACUCCAUAGCACAGAGAUCUGUGUUCAGGACAUUCCUCAUGUAUGGCUUCCACUUCCUAGUGUGGUUCCUCUGUGUGCGACGUGUAAAAGACACCCAAUGUGGAUUCAAACUGCUGACGAGGGAAGCAGCAGCACGCACCUUCUCUGCUCUUCAUGUCGACCGCUGGGCGUUUGAUGUGGAGCUGUUGUACAUUGCUCAGUGCCUCAGUAUUCCUGUUGCAGAGGUUGCAGUAAACUGGACAGAAAUUGAAGGCUCUAAGCUGGUGCCUUUCUGGAGCUGGUUGCAGAUGGGAAGGGAUCUCCUGUUUAUACGAAUGAGAUAUCUGACUGGGGCAUGGAAGAUAGAUACAAGUGGGAAAUUAAAUUGAAGCCAUUUCUGGCCGUGGGCAUUUUAUUGAUGUACAUUACUGAGCAACUGUAAGGCCAUCUGUAAGUGUCACAUAGAUACCGAGGUGUUGGGAUAAACAAAUCAUCAUGAAACGGUUCAUUUCCAGUGGCAGUUUGUUUUAUGUGCUAAACCCCGUGUAAAUAAUUCUGUUUAUAAGUUUAAAAAAAAAAAGCAAAAAAGUUAAAAUAAAUCACAAAAAGUGGA